AUGCGCAGCAUCCUGAUGGAGCUCGUUACACUCGUACACUCAAUUGCCGCUGCACAGACGAAGACGGCGGCUCGUAUUAACAGUCUUCCUCGCAGCGUGAGGAUCCUCGCUGAAAGGCAGCGCAGCUCGUCUGAAGCCACCCACGGACGGAUCCCAGCAGCCUCCCCGAGCUCUCAGCCCUCUGCUGUUCCUCUUUGUGAUGCGGCUCACACCAGUGUGGAGGUGUGUUCCACCAUGUUUACAGAGGUGCCUCACGAUAUGACGGCUCAGAGAGGGCAGGAUGUGGAGAUGGCCUGCUCCUUCAGAGGAGCUGGAACGCCGUCCUACUCGCUGGAGAUCCAGUGGUGGUACAUUAGGAACCAUCUGGACUGGACGGACCGACAAGCCUGGGAAAUUAACGAGGUGGCUACAGAGGAAGAGACACCAAAAGAUGCCACAAAGAUAAGUGUCGUGAAGGUCGUAGGAAGCAACAUCUCCCAUAAACUCCGUCUCUCCCGAGUGAAGCCCACUGACGAAGGCACUUAUGAAUGUCGCGUGAUCGACUUCAGCGACAACGCCGGUGCCCGCCACCACCGCGUCAGAGCGUACCUGCAGGUCGUGCCGGAGAGCAACGUCGUCGGCACCAAACACAACAACUUUGACGCCAUGGAUGACACCAAGAGAGAAGUGGGAUUUGUCGACGGGGAGUCCCACGGCGGCACCAGAGAGCACAGUCAUCACCAGAACCACGGGCACCACCAGGAGCAAGGCAAGCGGCCUUCGUCAGCCGUCCACAACGGGCACAGCCACGGCAGUCAGCAGCACAAGGCAGGCAGAGAGCUGAGGAAGAGGGACAUGGACAGUAACCACAGCCACAAUGACUGCAGCAACGAGCCGAGCUGCACACUGUAAACAGCUGCUACAACACAAAAAGCUUGCAUCACUGCAUAAAAAGCUAUCCCUCUCACACAGUGCAGGCCUGUAGGCAAAUCUAGAAUCCAUUGAAAUGUACAAUAUGGCUUA